AUGUUUAAAUGGGGGUUUAGAUCUAAUCUUAAGAUUCAUGGGGCAGACGAGCCUAAGUCUGCACAACUUCAAUUGAAGGAUUCUAAAGAUACAAUCAGUUUAUCUAAGUUAAUCCGAGAAAAAUUACCAGUUAUUGAUACUAGUAAGAAAUUAUGGUUGAACCCAUUUUUAUUCAAUGGGACUUUACAGACAUUGUACUAUACGAGUCACGAUAGUUCCAAGAAGUUUCUUGUUUAUUAUGGUAGGGAAAUUUUCCAAUACAAUGAUGGAGGAAUUUGUUCAUUGGAUUGGGUGAUUCCUAAACCAGAAUCCAAAGAAGAGUUUGAUAAAUUGUACAAGGAGACCCUUCCUGAAGACUCACCACGUUUACACCCAAGAUCCAGAUUUUUCACCAAAGAAGAGCUUUCAAUUAAAAAGCAAGGAUCAACUGAAGAGACCAGUCCAAUUUUAGUUAUUUUACAUGGAUUAGGAGGAGGAUCUCAUGAACCGCUUAUUCGUAAUUUAGUUGAGAAAUUUAAAGAAGAUUCCAAAUCUAAAGAUUGGGAUAUUUUGGUUAUUAACUCCAGAGGAUGCUGUCGUACUAAGAUUACUACUGGGAAAUUGUUCACUUCAUUUGCAACUGACGAUAUCAAAGAAGUAUUAGUUGAAUUAAAGAAAAGAUAUCCAAACCGUCCAAUUUACACUGCAGGUUUAUCAUUUGGAUCUAUAUUAAAUGCUAAUUUAUUAGGUAGUCAAGACCCAGAAGUUAAAAAAUUGAUUAAAGCAAGUGCAUUAGUUGGAUGUGCUUGGGAUUUACAUGACAGUGCCUACCAUAUUGACGCCUCAUGGACUGGUUCUUAUUUAUUCAAUCCUUCCUUAGUUAAGUUCUUAAAUAAAAUUGUUAAAAACAAUUUUAAAGAAUUGAACAGUGCUGAUCCUAAAAUUUUUUCAAAAGAAAGUUUACAGGAAUCGAAGUCCCAUACCAAAACUUGGCAAUUUGAUUCUUUAUAUACUUGUAGAACUGCUGGUUAUGAUAAUGCUUUUGAUUAUUACCGUGACGCUAGUCCGGUCAGAAGAUUGAGAUACAUUGAUGUACCAACCUUAGCCAUUAACUCUACCGAUGACCCAGCAGUCUCCUGCAGAAUUCCUUGGAUGGAAGCUGAAAACAAUUCCUAUGUUAAUAUUCUUGAAACCGAUUUGGGUGGUCAUUUGGGUUAUGUUCAAUACUCCGGUGAAUUCUGGUGUACUCAAGUAAUCCACGAUUACUUAACUGAAUUCGAAAAAUUAAUUCAAUAG